ACCAACAUGGCGUCGCAGUACUACCAAGACAUGCAAGAGCACUUUAAGAAUAACAAUAAAAGUCGUGAAUUUCCUGCUCACAGUGCCAAAGUGCAUUCAGUUGCUUGGAGUUGCGAUGGCAGGAGACUUGCGUCAGGAUCUUUCGACAAAACAGCGAGCGUAUUCGUCUUGGAGAAAGACCGGUUGGUUAAGGAGAACAACUACAGAGGUCAUGGAGAUAGCGUAGAUCAACUGUGCUGGCACCCGACUAACCCAGAUCUGUUCGUGACUGCCUCCGGAGACAAGACCAUCAGGAUCUGGGAUGUCAGGACCACCAAGUGCAUGGCAACAGUCAGCACAAAAGGGGAAAAUAUAAACAUAUGUUGGAGCCCAGAUGGACAGACCAUUGCUGUUGGAAACAAAGAUGACGUGGUCACCUUCAUUGACGCAAAAACUCAUCGGUCCAGAGCUGAAGAGCAGUUCAAGUUUGAGGUGAACGAAAUCUCCUGGAACAACGACAACGAUAUGUUUUUCUUGACCAACGGAAGUGGCUGCAUCAACGUUUUAAGCUACCCUGAGCUCAAGCCCAUCCAGUCCAUCAACGCCCACCCCUCCAACUGCAUCUGCAUCAAGUUCGACCCCACUGGGAAGUACUUUGCCACGGGCAGCGCAGAUGCCCUCGUCAGCCUUUGGGACGUGGAGGAGCUGGUGUGUGUGCGGUGCUUCUCACGACUGGACUGGCCGGUGCGAACCCUCAGCUUUAGCCACGAUGGGAAGAUGCUGGCCUCCGCGUCCGAGGACCACUUCAUCGACAUCGCCGAGGUGGAGACAGGAGAGAAGCUGUGGGAGGUGCAGUGUGAGUCCCCCACGUUCACAGUGGCCUGGCACCCCAAGCGCCCCCUGUUGGCGUACGCGUGCGACGACAAGGAGGGCAAGUACGACAGCAACAGAGAGGCUGGCACUGUCAAGCUCUUUGGACUGCCCAAUGACUCCUGAAGAAUCAGCCCUUUUUCCCCUCACUGACACACACACACACAAACACACAGACAGACACACACACACACACUCACAGUCAAGCCAAGUUAGAACAGAGGUCAGGGGGGUGGAGUUGACCUCUGUCUCUCUCUAUCUCUCUCUCUCUCUCUCUCUCUCUCUCUCUCUUCAUCUCUCUCUCUCUCUCUCUCUCUCUCUCUCUCUGCUUUCUGUGACACACACACACACCCACACACACACACACACACGCACACGCACACGCACACGCACACGCACACGCACACGCACACACAGUACAAAAGAGUCUCCAUUCAUUUGUGUGAAUGUGCUCAGCCUCCUUAACAAACAAACUGAUCAUUCACAACACACUCACAUGUGUGCAUCGUAUUACAUAAGUCUCCAAGGCUUUGAUUGAUGCAACAGUGAGAGGCACCGAUAAUCACCUCGGCCAGUUAUACUUUUACAGCGCAUCAGCCAUCACUCUACUGGACUUUUUUUUAAUUAUAUUAUCAAUUAUCCAUCCUGAUUAGUCACUGUUCCGCCAUCGCCCCUUGUUGCCCUCUGCCGAUUCAGUCAUCUCGACAAAGAGCGUUACAAAAAUCUUUUGGGGGGGGCCUCUGUCUUGUACAACUCCACUCCCACAUGUCUGCGUUGUAUGGUCUCUCAUGCUAUCUGGACUCUACCUGUUAGCUGCUAACAGACGCAGCAGAGGAGACUGAGUAAAUCGUGUAUGGUUGAGAAGUCCGAGUAUACAGUCGUGGUUGUAUUUUUGCAGUUCAGACAUAGUGGGUUUACACGUUCUUGCCAGUCCACCUCUUGUAAAGGAUAUAAACUUGGGAAUAAAAGGCUACUCUUGAAAUAUUUCUGUAUAUCUUGAAUAACAGAGUAAAUUGAUCUCCCUCCCACCCUACUGCCCCACAAAUCCCCACUCUCUGCUAAUUCGGUCAGAAUAAAUUGUAUCGUUAACAUUAAACGCUCAGCUGUAUAUCAGAUGGGGACCAGUGCUUGUAAGGGCCAAAUAGCAGGACUCAUAGCACACUAUCGAGGGUGCCUAUUCUUGAUGUAUUUUUUCUCUAUCGUUUCCCCUUCUGUGUUCAGUUCAGCUUGUAGUAGUAGGACAGACCGUGCUAAGGCUUGGUUAGUGGGGGUACAUCAACAACCGAAAGGGUCCAAUAAGGGAUUGUGGUGUUCCCACUGAUGACCUGCAGAGGGCGAUAUUGUAUAUGUUAUGUCUUUGUGUCCUCAGACCACAUUCCAUUGUGGUUCUCCUCUCAAAACAAAGGGGGAGUUGCAGAGCUUUGUUUUUACCACUGCUAGUGUUUUUUUUAAUUUUUUUUUUUUAUAUUAAAAUGUGAAAACUGUA